CUUUGUUUAGAAUUUGUCAUGACAUAUUAACAAAAUGUCAGGUGCCAAACCUGUUUUGACAUUGAAACAGUUCAUGCUGAGGUCCCAGGUACUGAAACUCUACAGAGAUAUUCUGCGCCUUACUCGGAAAAUUCCUGAUGAUUUCUAUAGGAAAGAAAUGCAAUCAUGGGCAAGAGACGAUUUUAAACGAUAUAAGAGUUUGAGCGAUGAAACGACUAUCAAAAUGCACAUUACCCGAGGGCAAAAGUCACUUAGAGAGCUUGAACAGUCAUUGAAUCUGGCAAAGUGACAGUGCAGCUGUGUACCGCAUGUGUGCAGAUGACAUUGACAUGUACAUAGGCAACAGCCAUUUUCAAAGUGACUUGAGAAAGUCUGAAGGUUAUAUAGAUUAUUGAAGAUUCAAGUGCAGUGGACAUAUGUGAACAGUGUCUAGGAAAAAAAAAAGUUAGCUCUAGUGUUCUUGAAAUCUGUUGCAUAAGCAAGAUUAACAGCUAGACUAAGUGUCAGAACAUUAUUGUUUGUUGACUCAUUUUGUAGGCUGGAAAUCAGUUAUAUGAACAAGUAUUAAAACUGCCCUUAUCA